AUGGUGAUUCAUAGGAAGACACCAAAGGAGGAUGCUUACCUCUGUGAAAAAUGGAGCAAAAGAGGAUGCUUACCUCAGAGAAAAAUGGAGCACUCGGUUGAAGAGUUAACCGAAGAAGACGUGGAGAGAGGAUCCACGCACGGAGCAGGAACCGGUUACACUGUCAACCCAGGUUACGUGGACAAGAAGAUUCACGCAUGGAAGUGGUUACACAGAUAA